AUGUCUAGUCGUAAGAAAGUACUUUUAAAGGUGAUAAUUUUGGGUGAUAGUGGUGUUGGGAAAACGUCUUUAAUGAAUCAAUAUGUGAACAAAAAAUUUACAAAUCAAUAUAAAGCUACUAUUGGUGCAGAUUUUUUAACUAAGGAAGUGCUAGUUGACGACUGUCUUGUAACGAUGCAGAUUUGGGAUACUGCAGGACAAGAACGAUUUCAAUCAUUGGGUGUAGCAUUUUAUAGAGGGGCCGAUUGUUGUGUUCUUGUUUAUGAUGUUAAUAAUUCAAAAAGUUUCGAGACUUUGGACAGUUGGAGAGAUGAAUUUUUAAUUCAGGCUUCGCCUCGUGACCCUGAAAAUUUCCCUUUUGUUGUUUUGGGCAAUAAAAUUGACGUUGAAGAAUCAAGAAGAAUGAUAUCGUCAAAGCGUGCCAUGUCUUGGUGUCAGUCAAAAGGAAACAUUCCCUAUUUUGAGACGAGUGCCAAAGAAUCAAUUAACGUAGAGAAUGCAUUUAUAACGAUCGCCAAAAAUGCUUUACAGCAAGAAAAUGAUUCAGAAAUAUACAAUGAUUAUACAGAUGCAAUCAAAAUUGAUAGUGAAUCUACUAACGAUGGAUGUGGAUGUUAA